ACGACAACGACAGAUGAUAACAACAAUUAACAAACGACUUGAAAAUUUGCAACUCCGUAGUCCGUACUGUUUUAAUUUUAAUAAUAUAAUUUCUAUAAACAUGACAUUUUUUUGGAAAUUGUCCAGCUAACCCAAACAUGUUCGAUUCUCUUAAUUAUUAUUAUAUUUUUAUAAUAAUGUGAACGACACGGUGUUCGUUUCUUUGCAUGUCCUAGUAAAUUUUGUAAUUUUUUUUAUUAUUGUUCAUCCAUCAUGUCCAACGACCAUUUGUGCGACAUCAAUUCGUGGGGCUUACCUCCCCAAAUUGUAGAUAAUUACAAAAAGCGAGGAAUCGUAUCAAUGUUUCCUUGGCAAGUAGAAUGUCUGAUGAGCCAAGGUGUUUUAGACGGACGCAAUUUAGUUUACUCAGCACCAACGUCAGCCGGUAAAACUAUGGUUGCUGAAAUACUUACAAUGCAGACUGUUUUGGAAAAAGACAAGAAAGUGUUAAUGAUUCUGCCGUUUGUGUCGGUUGUACGAGAAAAAAUGCAUUACUUUCAAGAAUUAUUUGAAGGCACAAACAAGAGAGUUGCUGGAUUUAUGGGUAGCUAUACUCCACCUGGCGGAUUGCGAUCUGUAAAUGUUGCAAUCGCAACCAUAGAAAAAGCAAAUGGUUUAAUUAAUCGAUUAAUGGAAGAAGACGGACUACAAGAUAUUGGUUGUAUAGUCGUUGACGAAUUGCACAUGCUCGGAGAUUCAAAUAGAGGAUACCUAUUGGAAUUGUUAUUGACAAAAAUUAAAUACAUGUCCAAAAUACGGAGUAGUAUAUCAAUUCAAAUUGUCGGCAUGUCUGCAACACUUCCAAAUUUAGAAAUGCUAGCCAACUGGUUGGAUGCCACUUUAUAUCAAACUGAUUUUCGACCAGUUCCUUUAAAAGAGUACUUGAAAAUUGGCAAAAAUGUGUUUAAUGCGAGUGAUUUUUCAUUGAGUCAUAUGAUUGAACCCAAGUUUGCAAUAAAAAAAGAUCCAGACGAUGUAGCGUAUUUAAGUAUCGACACUAUCCUACAGGGAUAUUCUAUACUAAUAUUUUGCUUUACAAAAAAGUGGUGUGAAUCGUUAGCGAUUGAAAUAGCUUCUGAAAUUAAGCGACUUGGCGGAGAUGUUAAAUCAGAAACAGGAAAAGCUUUGAGAAAUCAGUUGAAUGGAGAAAGUUUAGGAGAUGUUUUGGAGCAACUUCGAAGAUGUCCCGUCGGACUCGAAACCGAUUUAAAUAAAACCAUAUCGUUUGGUGUUGCAUUUCAUCAUGCAGGCCUUACUAUGGAUGAAAGGGACAUAAUCGAAGGUGCUUUCAAGCAGAACAUUGUUCGCGUCCUAGUCGCUACAUCAACAUUAUCUUCUGGAGUAAAUUUACCUGCACGUAGAGUUAUCGUAAGAUCGCCAGCUUGUCACGGAUUUCCUAUUGAUAUUUUACAAUAUAGACAGAUGAUCGGACGUGCGGGACGAAUGGGUGUUGACACUGCAGGGGAAAGUUAUUUGAUUUGCAACGAAAGUGAAAAACGUAUAGGGGAACAAGUGGCAUGUCAAACUCUGCCGCCAAUCAGGAGUUGUUUAGGUGUUGGAGAUUUUUCUAAUUGUUUGAAACGAGCCCUGUUGGAAGUAGUUGCCGGAUGCGUUGUCAACUCAACAGAGGAAGCCUUUGAGUACAUUAAGUGUACAUUAUUGUAUGCAUCUACUGGAAAAGACUUCAAUGAAGAUCCAAUAUAUCAGUGUCUAAAAUUAUUGAUCGAUCAUCAAUUUGUCCGCGAAUCAGACAAUAAAUUAGCACCAACCAGUUUAGGCCAGGCGUGUUUAGCUGCAUCUGUUACGCCCGAUAUUGGACUAAAACUUAUUAAAGAAUUAGAUAGAGCGAGACAAAAUUUUGUUCUCGAUUCCGAACUACAUUUAUUAUACUUAAUCACACCAUAUUCAGUUAGUGAUCAAAUAGGAAAUCUAGACUGGUUCCGAAUGCUGAAUGUAUGGGAAAAAUUACCCCAAUCUAUGCGUAAAGUCGGCGAUAUGGUUGGUGUCGAAGAGAGAUUUAUAGUCAAAGCAAUGACUGGAACCACUUUUAGUUCAUUUUCGGAUAAACAUAAAUUGGCCGUUCACAGAAGAUUUUACACGUCCCUCUUGCUACAUGAUUUAAUCAAUGAAGUGCCUAUAAAUACUGUAGUUACAAAAUAUGGUACAUCGAAAGGUCUCUUACAAAGUCUUCAACAGUCAUCAUCUACAUUUGCAGGAAUGGUAACACAGUUUUGCAAAAGACUCGGCUGGUCGUCCCUCGAGUUGUUGAUAUCACAGUUUGCGGAGCGACUUCAGUUUGGUGUUCAGCGACAACUUGUUGAAUUAUUGCGUUUAGAUUGUUUAAACUCAAUUACCGCUCGAGCAUUGUACAAAGCGGAAAUACAUAACAUUCCUGAACUUGCACUAGCUGAUAUUCGUGUUGUACAACGUGCUCUCGCUAAAGCCGUCCCAUAUCAAAAUAUCACUAAUAAUAAUACUGAUGAAGGAGAAAACCGCAAAAAUAUUUGGUUAGCCGGUCGAUUUGCCCUUAAUGAAAAAGAAGCUGCUAUGUUUAUUGUAAACGAAGCACGUCACCUAUUGAAAAGGGAACUUGGUUUAAAAACUGCUAGUUGGAUUGAAGACUGCAACGCAAAUAAAACUUUAGAAGAGAGUUUUAAUUCUGUUAAAAUUCGGCCUACCACUUCAAGAGAUGUUACAAUAAUUGAAAAUAGCCAAGAAAUUAAAGAAUCGUCUGUGCACUUGUCAAAUGAAGACGCUCAAGUGUUUAACGUAUCGAGAAAAAGUGUCGAGCUCUUUACUGAAACAGAAAUCAUAAAUAAUGAACAACAAGAAAUCAAAAGUAAAGAUUAUAAACGGGAAAGUUUAGAUCUUUUUGAUGGGUCGUUUGAACAAACCAAGAUCAGCAUAACCGUUAUAGGCCAGAACAAAAGUCUUAGUCAUUCUGAAAAAUUAAUCGCUAAUUCUUACCGUACAGAAUUGGUUUACAUCAAAACACCUCAAGAACAUGAAGAAAAUUGGGAUUGCAAUAUCGGUGGCGAGAGUAUUCUAGAACUGUCUCAAAGAGACGUCGGGUCCAGGAAACGAAAAAGAGAAGAUUGUCCACAAGAAAAUGGAAUAGUUGAAGAACACCACCAAAAAAAGUGUAAAAAGGUUGAAGAAACUUCGCCGGAAAGUUGCGACAUGUUUGAAAGUACUAUGUUUCCAGAUUCUUUAAUUAUCAAUACUCAACUUGACAAGUUAAUUAAUAAAAUUGACACAAAAGACGUGACGGUAACUGCUAAAAGUAUAGAAUUGAGUGACAGCUUAAUUAGGGUAGCGUUUCAAAAUUCGUUCAAUUCAAUGACAAGUACGACGAAUAAUAAUCACAAAGAGACUGUCGACAAAAACGAAGCAAUUAGUGAAAGUUUAUUAAAUGCAGCGUUCCAAAAUUCUUUUGACUCUAUGGCUUUUAACACUGUACAAAAUAACAACACAAUAAUAAAUAAUAAAAUGUUAAACUCUUUUAAAGAAGAAAUGAGCGAUAGUGUAAUGAAGUCGGUUUUUCAAAACUCGUUUAACUCUAUGGCGAACCCUAUUCAAGGCAAUAAUGUUGCAAACAAAACAUUUUAUGUUAAAAAAGACGAAAUGAGCCAGAGUGUGUUUAAAAAUUCUUUUAGCUGCAUGGCCAAUACCAUAAUUUGUCCAAAUAAGGCAAAAGUCGUUGAUAUGACGUGUGACGAUUUAGUCAUAUCCGAUUCUGAAGAUAUGAUUGCCGGUUCCCAAGAUACCGUUUCCAGCGGACCAUCUCCUCGCAAAGAAUCGCCAAUGAAACCAGACGCCAAUGCUAAUUCCAUCAGAUUUGAUAAUUGGGCGUACAAAACCAAAGUAAUAGAAAAUACAGAUUUGUUUGCAAAAGACUUCUUUCCAGAAAUUCGCCAGAGAAAAGAAGUAACACUUUCACUGAACAUAUGCAAAGUGACCAAUGUCGAAAACCGUAUAGGCCCGAGAGUGGUGAGACGUAAUUUGGAACAAGAUAAAAUUAGUUCCUAUACAUAUGAUAACCAAGUGUUUAGAGGUUUUGCAAUUACAUGGUAUAAACAAAGGGUUGUGCAUUACGCAGACUUAAAUAAAAUCGGACCAUCCGGUGUGAGUCUGUUGCGAAAGUUAUUGACUAACAAAAAUUUGACCAUUAACAUGUACGACGCCAAAUCAAGCUACAAAAUGAUCUCUCAAUUGUGUGACAUUAAUGCUGUCUGCAAGUUUAGGGAUCCUUCUGUAGCUGAUUGGCUCAUUAGCGGUCAACCGAAAAAUUCAUUGGAUAGUUUGAUCAAAUGGCAUUUAAGUUUUAAUGGUUGUAUUCCUGUAAAUGACUCUGUGUUUAACGCAUUCAUCAUUCAAAAACUUAUGGUUGUUUUAAAACGACAACUCAAACAAAUUUAUAUUUAUAAAACUUUUAAAGAUAUUGAGAUGCCCAUACAAAUCAUAUUGGCAAAAAUGGAACUACACGGAUUUUGUAUUAAAAAAGAGCAGUUGACAAAGCUAAACGAUACAGUGAACGACCUAAUGGAAAAUAUUUCUAAACAAGGAUGUUCACUUGCUGGAACCAAAUUUAACAUGCAAUCCAAAUUAGAAUGGGCUAAAGUUAAACGUAAUUUAAAUUUGACCGAUAGUUCUUCUCAUCCUUUGGUCGAAUUAGUAAAGAAUUGGAGAAAAUUAAGCUGUCUCAGGAAUAAUCAUCUUAAUUCACUUUUGGCCAUGCCAAAAGACAGUGUGUAUUGUGACAGCAACACUUAUUCCCAUACUGGCCGUAUUAGUAUGCACGAACCCAACUUGCAAAAUCUACCCAAAGAUUAUGUACUUGAAAAUGAAAUCCUAAGUAUUCGAUCUGCAUUCAUUCCUAAACAAGAUCGAACGUUAGUCUCUGUAGAUUUCUGUCAGAUAGAACUACGUGUGCUCGCUCACCUAUCUAAAGACAAUUCUCUGUUGUCGGCGUUGAAAUCUUCUGGUGAUGUCUUUAUCAAUAUGUCGUCAAAAUGGCAUAAAAUACCAGCCUCUGAAGUAUGCGAUGAACUCAGACAAAAAACUAAACAAGUUUGUUACGGUAUAUUGUACGGCAUGGGUGCGGUUACAUUAAGUGAGACGUUAAAUAUUACUGAGGAUGAAGCUUAUAAGUUAAUAUCAGAAUUUAAAAGCACAUUUUCCGAUGUCAACAAGUUCUUUGUCGAUUGCGUUACACAGUGUCGUUCGUUGGGUUUGGUCAAGACUCUUAGCGGUAGAAUUAGAUAUUUACCUGACAUUAAUAGCGAAAAUCCAAAAAUUAAAGCCCAAGCGGAACGGCAAGCUAUUAACACCAUUAUACAAGGUAGUGCCGCUGACGUAACUAAAAUGGCUAUGAUUAAAAUCGACAAAAUUGUCAACCAAACCUAUCCGAAACCGCUUGUCCAUUUAGUAAUGCAUAUACAUGACGAACUCAUCUUUGAAGUAGCCAAUUCUGUUCUUGAUGAGGCUUGUUCGAUCAUUACCACCACAAUGGAGUCGGCCGUUAAUUUGUGUGUGCCUUUGCCCGUUAAAUUAAGGCGAGGUUCUAAUUGGGGCGAUUUGAAAUAAUGAUCUCAAAAAAAAAAAGAUGUUUGCAUGCCAUUUUUUAAACUUUCUAACCACUUUUAAUUUUUGAUUAAAUAAACACCAAUUCCAAACGUUAUUUUAGAGGCUUAGCGUAUCAAUUAAGAAUUUAGUCAAUUAUAGCAAACAUUUUUUAAACUUAUUGUUAUCUAGUUAUCUUAUUACGUUGCUUAAACUAUUUUUUUUUUUUUAUCAUUAUUAUUGUAUUUUUUUGGGGGGGGGGGAAAGAUUUCUAAAUUUUGCAUAAUCUGUAGUCAUAUUGAUUUAUUUUAGAAUUUUGACUAAAUAUGUUAAGCUAAAUUGGUUUUUAUAUAACCAAGUCAGCAUGUUUUUAUAAAUAUUUCUCGUGUCUGAUAAAAAAAAAAAAAAAUGGUAAUACAUUUAUUAGACAAUUUU